AUGGAUGACCUCUAUGUUAUCCCUAGAGGAUUGAAGCGCAAGGUAUCUACCUUCACAUAUUCAUAUCACUACCGGGUGAAAGUUUUUGAUGCUAUUAUUGAUUCACAAUUGCAAGAGCUUGACAGGUGUUUUGAUACAGUGAGUAAUGACUUACUUCUUGGAAUGACUAGUUUGAGCCCAGUAAAUUUGUUUGCUAAUUAUGACAAGGACAAAAUAGCUAGAUAUUAUCCAAAUGAAUUUAGUGACGACAAACUUCAAGAACUCAGUUGCCACCUUGAUAAUUACAUUGUUUAUAUGCGACAGUGUGACAAUAAGUUCUCAAACUUGAAGGGACUUGGCGAUCUUUCUAAGAUGUUUGUUCAGAAAAAGUUGCAUUUAACAUGGCCAUUGAUUUAUUUGCUUUUGAAGUUGAGUUUGAUUCUUCCAGUUGCCGAUGCAAGUGUGGAAAGAUCAUUCUCUUUUGUGAAAAAGAUCAAAAAUGAAAUGCGCAAAAAAAUUGAUGAAGAUUUUUUCAAUGAUUGUUUAGUCUGUUACAUCGAAAAUGAAGUAUUUGAAAGUGUAUCAGAUGCUGCAAUUGUUAAUCAGUUUCACGGUAUGGAGAAAAUUUGA